AUGAAAGAAAAACUUCAGGAGUACGUUGGAAGUCACAAUAGUCCACACAAUAAAGCUCGAAUUAAAUUUGAAGCCUUUAUGAAUCAAGAGAAAAAUAUUCGGGCAAUUUUCUUGAAGCAAUCACAUCAAACACGAAAUGACUACCGGAUUCGUUUGGAUCAUAAUGAUGAGAUCAAGGCUGUUACUUUCAAGAAUACUCUUGAAAAUCUUAAACUAACAUCACCUGAUAUUCAAAAAGAUAUUGUAAGUGCUGCUGCUUUUGAAACAAUAAAUGUCAUUAUUAACGAGAUUGGUGAUGAGUUAUUUUCUAUUCUAGUUGAUGAAUCUCAUGAUAUCUCAAUUAAGGAACAAAUGUCUAUUGUUUUGCGUUAUGUGAACAAGAAGGGAUGUGUAGUUGAACAUUUUGUAGCUCUUGUAGCUGUGGCAAACAAGCAUGUAGAGAUUGAAGCAUUCUUUGAUUUGGUUGAUAGGGUUGUGAAUGUUGUUGGAGGACCAGCUAAACGGUGUGAUCUUCUUAGGGAAAAACAAAGGCUCCAAAUUCUUGAAGCACUCAAUCAUGGUGAAAUAUCAAAUGGACGGGGCCUUAAUCAACAAACUAUUCUUAAGCGUUCUGGUGAUACACCAUGUUUGUGUCCAGAUGAUUCAUUCUCUGCUUUUGACAAGAACAAAUUAAUUCGACUUGGUGAGUAUUAUCCUGAAGAUUUUUCACCAAUAGAUCUCUUGGCGCUUGAUGAUAUACUUGAAACAUAUGUUAUUGAUAUGCAUACUCACAAGAAUUUUGAAGGGCUACAGGGCCUUAGUGAUCUUGCACGGAAGUUGGUAGCAAUGAAGAAAAAUGAUGUGUAUCCAUUAGUUUACAAACUUGUGACACUAGCAUUAAUUCUUCCUGUUGCUACUGCUACAGUAGAAAGAGUAUUUUCUGCCAUGAAGAUUGUCAAGACCCGACUACGCAAUCGAAUUGGAGAUCAAUUGUUGAAUGACAGUUUAGUUAUGUAUAUUGAAAAUGAUAUAUUUAGUAAAAUUGAUAAUGAUGUCAUUAUGCGACGUUAUCAAAAUAUGAAAACGCGUCGGGAACAAUUGUAA